AUGAGCCUCCUUGACCUUCUUCUACCUACGGAUGUAUCCCUGGAUCCUACGCACAUGCAGUCUGCAAGUUCAAGAGAGUUGGAGCAUGCUCCGCUCAUCAGCCAGGAAGCUUUUCAAGCCUUCCCAAACACUAUACAACAAUACGGCUUCUUGGGGAUCCACAAGGCGUCCGGCGCAAAAAUGUAUCACAACACGAAUGGACCAUUCGCGACGUUUAUCUGCGGACUUCAGGGAAGCGGCAAAUCCCACACAACCUCCUGCUUGAUUGAGAACGCUCUAAUACCAGUAGCCUCGCCGGAUUUUGGGAAGCUUGACAACCCGCUCUCCGCUAUGGUAUUUGCAUACGACAAAUUCAGUGGUAAUGGCGACGGAUUUAACAUCAGCGAAGUUGCAUCCUUAGCUUCGGCGCGCAGAGAGCUUCCCCAACAACUGAGAGUGAAAAAGGUUACCGUUUUAUUAUCCCCAUCGAAUCCGACGAUAGCCAGGAUCUACAGGAAACUGCCAAAUGUCACAGUCCUACCAUUCAAGCUCGAUCCACGUGCACUCGGCGUCCAAACUAUCCUCACCCUUAUGGCUGUCGACAAGUCAAACACAGUUCCUCUUUAUCUCGCGCAGCUCACGAAGAUUCUUCGCGAUAUCAAUGUACAAAGCGGGGGUCGCUUUGAUUACGCCACUUUCAAACGGAGACUGCAGCAGUGCGAGUUCAAUCCCGCUCAGGAGAAUAUGCUGCAGCUGCGCUUAGAUUUGCUGGAAUCCUUCUUGGAUCUCAGCGGGACAGCUGCCCAGCCGCAAUUUGGCGCUGGGGAACUCACAAUCAUGGACAUGUCAUGCCCGUUUUAUAUGCUCGACGUUCCGGGCGCCGUAGAGCUCAAUAUGGAACUCACCAAGACGAUUCGCCUGCAGCGACACCGGGGGGUGCGCGUCGUCAUCGCAACACAAGAGCCCACGCUUCCCCGUCUGAUGGAUCUUAUUCCUCUGUGCGACGUCACCAUAAUCCAUCGGUUCUCCAGCCCAGAGUGGUUCAAGGCGCUGGCACGACACAUUCCAAUGUCCAGCAACGACCGCACUCUGCUACUGGAAGAUAUCGAAACACUCCCACCUGGGACCGCCUUUGUCUAUGCGCCGAAGGCUAUAUUCGGGAAGGGCGCCCGUGGCACCUUUGUCAAAGGUGCUGGAGGGCUUGUAAAGAUUAGCAUAAGGAAGAGGUUGACGCUGGACGGUGGUCGUUCGAUUCUGGCGUCGACGGACCGAAAUGCCAGUCUAAAUGGAGCAUACCGUUCAGCUACUAACCUGCAGUAG